UUAUUUUCUCCGUGGCAACAUGCUACAAUGGGCAUGCUAUUUCAGAUAACACAGCCUCAUAAUGAUUUAUGUUUUAUUAAUGUGAUCAGGUUGUAUUCAACCUUAGUCAACAGAAACUGGUUGCGAGGAGUUGACUCGUUCUAAUCGCAGCUAAGUGGAAUACCUUGACCAUCAUAGAAUGGCUACAACUUUACUGAAACAAGAUUCGGUAUUGGGAAUCGAUCAGAUCCUUGUCCACAUAGGAGAGUUUGGUCGCUUUCAGAUUAUCUUGGAGAUAAUCGCUUGCUUGCUUCAGAUUCCUUAUACUCUCAUGAUCUUACUACCGUACUUUACACAAGACAGCCCAUCGUGGAAAUGUGUUUCGAACAGUACAGUAUGCAAUGUUACGGGAGAGCUAGCAAGCUCGGAUAAGUUGCGAUGCCAGAUCCCGAGAUCAGAGUGGGAGUACUCCAUGCCAAAAGAUUACUCCAUUGUCACAGAGUUUGAUUUGUACUGUGGCACUGAAACCUACGCAUACCUAGCAACGUCAAUGAUCUUUGUGGCAUGGGCCAUCGGUUCUGUCAUUCUUGGAUGGCUCGCUGACAGGUUUGGAAGAUGGAAGGUUCUCAUUCCUGCUCAUGUUUGCUUGGUAACUGUGGGCCUACUCAACGCAUUUUCACCAAACUUUACAGUUUACAUCAUCACAAGAUUUUUAGUUGGAUUUUCCAUUCCCGGGAUUAUGGUUCCUACAUUUGUGCUUGUUUCAGAGUUUGUUGGGCCUAAACAUAGACCACUAGCUGGCAUUUUAUUAUGGGGAUUUUUCGCUCUUGGGUUAAUCAUACUUGGUCUUCAGGCAUAUUUCAUCCGAAAAUGGAAGUUGCUGACGAUUAUCUGCACUGCACCUUAUAUCAUCACUUUUCCUUUAUUAAAGUUUAUACCAGAAUCCAUCAGAUGGCUUAGAAUAUCUGGACAGUCGGAAAAGGCUAUGGAGAUAUUAGAGAAAAUUGCUAGAGUCAACAAGAAGGAGUUUCCAAAUGCAGUUUUAGAACCAUUAGCUCCCACCAUUAAAGAAAAGCGUGGUUCUCUAUUAGAUAUUUUCAGACCUUGUAAAAUGGCAAUUAAGACAUUCAUCCAGGGAUACGCAUGGAUGGUGGAAGGAAUGGUAUAUUACAGCGUCGCUCUUGCGGCUGAUGACAUUGGAGGUAGCAACAGAUACGCGAAUUACAUAUUGACCAGCUUGGUAGACCUUCCAGCUGUCCUCACUGGAAUAUAUGCUUGUAGGAGGUUUGGAAGGAAAAAGACAGUCAUCAUUCCACUGUUUAUUGGUAGUAUUGCCUGCAUAGCAGCGGCUUUCAUACCUGCAAAAGCUGUUGGAAGCAUCCUCAAAUUCUGGCCAAAAAUAAGAGUUGCUCUUGGUGUGCUUGGCAAGUUCUUUGUUGCAACAUCUUUUGAUUCGAUUUACACCUGGUCCGUGGAACUGUAUCCAACAGUCGUCAGGGGUGAAGGAAUGGGCUAUCUGCAAGUCAUGAGCAGAAUAGGCGCAGCAUUGGCCCCCUGGGUCACCAAAUGGCUCAUUGGCUACGCAGUAAUUUACGGUUCUCAUGGUUUUCUUCCGUUCUUGGUGCUUGGAUCUUCAUCCCUUGUUGCUUCCAUAUCGUUGCUAUGGCUACCUGAAACCCGAGACAGCGCCACUGCGGAGACGUUUGAGCACUUUGAAAAGAAGAACGCAGAACUGGUCGAUGGGAAACUUUUGGCAGAUAUGGGUGAAGAUGACAAAUUUGCUAAUGGAGAAAAAUGCUAAAUCUCAUGAAACAAUUUUUUUAUACAGCAACUGAUUACGCAUUACGUACCUCUAUUUGAUGAAACUAAAUAUAUCUUAGAACAAACAUAAGAAAGACAGAGCACAUUAACUCCAACGAACAGUCAUCAUAAACGUGCCUUAGCGAUAUAUGUAACAUCUGGUUAGCAAAAACGCAAUAUUGUUAUUAUAUUUAUGUACGACGAUCUGUCAACCUGCUUAGAUUGUCUAUGAGAUUCAUAAGGCAUCCAGAUAUCAUAUAACCAUUCUGCAUCCCGUUUGCGUCGAAACAAAUUAGAGAAGAUCCCAAAUCAAUCUUGAUUUUUUAUCGCGGAAAGGAAUGCAAGUUUUCUACAGAAAACGAGGUUGUUGAACUUUGGUUUGUGAGAAAAUGUUUGAGUAUGAAUCCCUUGAUAGCCAAGUGAGAAACACUACUGGGUCCUAAGAAGUAGUCAAUUUUUUGUCCAGGCACUUUCCUGCAAAUGAAAUUCACAAAACUUCCAGCAACUCCAGCUCGAAGCUUACUGUCAUAUUUUGUCAGGGGUUUCUGGGGUUGGAGACUAACAGGGAAAAAACCGUUCUUACAAGAAACUUUUUAUUAGUAAAUUUAUUGGGUUUGCCCACGAUGAUUUUGUGUCAAAUUGAAGUUGACCACAAAGCAGAGACUCUCAGAGACGCAUGUCAAAAAUGUAGGCGCCAUUUCACCUACCAAUUAGGUUAUUUUACCGUCGAACUAAAGAUAUUGUGGACUAACUGAAGGUUUACUGUGAUGGUGAACAGAAAUCUGGCUAAUUUAGGGUGCUUUAAUCAUAAGAACAGAGAGAAUCUUUGGAAAAAUAUAAAUUGGUUUAUAAGAAAUUUGACAAUACUUUUCACGUUUUAAAAAGGGAAUUAUCGCCAAAUUUGAGAGUCAAAGAUGGAAUAAAAAUUCUAGGCGUUUUUAUGACCCUUUAAUUUGGUUUCAAUGCAUAAGUUUGUCACUGUUUCAUUUUUAAUGUGGUUUCAUUUCAUUUUCGUUUCUUUUUAAAAUUCCACUGCAUGCAAGAGUCAUUCACUGUGCAACAAUUAACAAAGAUUAUAAGAUUACAAAAGAAGAAGAACAGAAAAUUGAUAGAAAUUUGUAUAGAGGGGAAUUUCUUAAUAGAUAAGCCAAUCGGCUAUUCUAAUUUCUUAAGUAAAGUAGUUGAGCAAACUUUCUUUGCUUUCCUGCCCCAACCAGCAAAGUAGCUGAGCAAACUUUCUUUGCUCCCCUGCCUCAGUGAAACAGCUUUUGGGUCAUGAAUUUUCGAAAAAUAAACUUUGGUGAAGACACUCUCGAGUAUUUGUUGGAGUUUUUUAACUAAUAAAGUUACAUAGGUGGAGACCAGCUUCAAUUACGAAAGUGGGUCUUGAACUGUUUAAACCUUGCUUUAAUAUCAUCAAGCAAAACAGAGGUUUGCAUGACAAUAAGCAUAGUGGAUGCUUUUAACGUCAUAGAGGUAUAGUUUAAAAUGGUUGCAAUUUAGUCCCCAGUGUCUGCAAGAACAUAAUAAAAUGGAAAAAAUCGACGAAUCCUUCCAUUUGUGAUUUGAGCAUAUGAUACUCCCCUAUCCAAUCUGAAACUUUUUCUUCAUUCAAAAAGUAGUAAUUUGUGAACCUCGUAAAAAUAACAGUAUUCCUUUAGGAAUCUUCAUGUCUUUGACUGCUGGCCCUUCCUCUAAUUUGCAAAUUUGAAUGACUUUGUGUAGCUAAAAAUAUUCCGUGAUGUUCAUUCAGAAGAUUUUGCUCAAAUGAAAAGAAUGAAUACAUAUCUUAUGACGUCAUUACACAACCCUUAUAUAAAUUUAAUGCCAUGAGGCAGAUAGAGUCAUCAAGAAAUAAUCAAAGAGAAGUGUAGGUAUUGUGAAGGACUACAGAGUUUUGAGAACUUUUUUAAGACUGGCGUUAUAUGUCACGAAUAACUCCUGAGAAUUGGCCUACUGGGAAUAUGUUAUAAAUCAAAAGAGCCACGGACAAGAGUCCCAGAAUUCUUUUUGAAUAGUCCUGAACAUAAUCUGUAUUGAUACUCACUACAACAAUAUAAAAAGGCCAAUCGUAUUUGAUCAUCUCAGUUCAUAUCUGAAAACCCGCUCGAUAACUAGAUCUUUUCGAAUAAUUCCUCCCCCUUGCUUUUCUCUGGGAGGUGGUGAUUGCUCCCUCUUUCCGUAAGUUCAUUGUUGCACCUAGGAAAUUCAAUGGCAUGUCAAAAGAUUAUCAUAUGAAAAUACCCUAAGUCUUUUGAAAAGCAAGAAACUCUAUUAUCGGCUAAUUAGAUUUAUACACUUAACUACUUGCAAAAUUGUUAAUGUCUUAUCUAACUAUCUUUUCUUUAAUCAUUAUUAAUAACAAUUAAUAACUACCUUUUUUUCUCUUUCACGUAUAUGCUUUGCUAUUUGCUUUAGGGAAUUCAACUGAUGAAUUUUUACCGAUUUUAUCAACAUGAAUGUCAAAUUUGAGAUAUUCGUUAAUUUCAACACACCAAGUUAAGUUUCAUGGUUAUCUAUUAUCAUCGUAAACUCGUGACAGUUAAUUUAAAAUUUUUCUUUAUGAUUACCACUAUUUUCAAUAGAAAUAGCUUGAGAUUGAGACAGGUUUGCAGUCAUUUUGUUUAAUAUAAACCAUUCCAGGCAUUUAUUAAUGUUUGUUAUUAUCAGUUGUAACAGCAAGUGUGUUGUCAUCUGCAUUAGUUGCAUUAACAGAAAGUGUGUUGUCGUCAGCAAAAUUGCACAGUGAUCCAUUAUCAAGGUAGUAAAAAUAUUAUUUAUGAAAUUUUAAAGUAUC